CCCCGCCCCUGUGCCGGCCCCGCCCCACCGCAUCCCAGCGUGCCGUGCGCGGCGAUAGCGCGCGGGCCGCUGGGGCGGGACUUCCGGCGCGCCGGAGCAUCCUCCGGCCGAGCGUGUGUGGCCGCCCGGCCUCCCUGACAUGCAGCCCUCUGGACCGCGAGGCUGGACCCUGCUGUGACACACCUACCAUGCGGACACUCUUCAAACUCCUCUGGCUUGCUCUGGCCUGCGGCCCUGUUCACACUACUCUGUCAAAGUCAGAUGCCAAAAAAGCUGCCUCGAAGACGCUGCUGGAGAAGAGUCAGUUUUCAGAUAAGCCAGUCCAGGACCGGGGUUUGGUGGUGACAGACCUCAAAGCUGAGGACGUGGUUCUUGAGCAUCGCAGCUACUGCUCAGCCAAGGCCCGGGACAGACACUUUGCUGGAGAUGUGCUGGGCUAUGUCACCCCAUGGAACAGCCAUGGCUAUGAUGUCACCAAGGUCUUCGCGAGCAAGUUCACACAGAUCUCGCCCGUCUGGCUGCAGCUGAAGAGACGUGGCCGUGAGAUGUUUGAGGUCACGGGCCUCCAUGACGUGGACCAAGGGUGGAUGCGAGCCAUCAGGAAGAAUGCUAAGGGCCUGCACAUCGUGCCUCGGCUCCUGUUUGAGGACUGGACUUACGAUGAUUUCCGGAACGUCUUAGACAGUGAGGAUGAGAUAGAGGAGCUGAGCAAGACCGCGGUCCAGGUGGCGAAGAACCAGCAUUUCGACGGCUUCGUGGUGGAGGUCUGGAACCAGCUGCUAAGCCAGAAGCGUGUGGGCCUCGUCCACAUGCUCACCCACCUGGCUGAGGCACUGCACCAGGCCCGGCUGCUGGCCAUUCUGGUCAUUCCGCCCGCCAUCACCCCCGGGACCGACCAGCUGGGCAUGUUCACGCACAAGGAGUUUGAGCAACUGGCCCCUGUGCUGGAUGGUUUCAGCCUCAUGACCUACGACUACUCCACGGCGCACCAGCCUGGCCCUAACGCACCCCUGUCCUGGGUUCGAGCCUGCGUCCGGGUCCUGGACCCCAAGUCCAAGUGGCGAAGCAAAAUCCUCCUGGGACUCAACUUCUACGGUAUGGACUAUGCAACCUCCAAGGAUUCCCGGGAGCCCAUUGUUGGUGCCAGGUACAUCCAGACACUGAAGGACCACAGGCCCCGGAUGGUGUGGGACAGCCAAGCAUCGGAGCACUUCUUCGAGUACAAGAAGAGCCGCAGCGGGAGGCACGUCGUCUUCUACCCAACCCUGAAGUCCCUGCAGGUGCGGCUGGAGCUGGCGCGGGAGCUGGGCGUCGGGGUCUCCAUCUGGGAGCUGGGCCAGGGCCUGGACUACUUCUACGACCUGCUCUAGGCGGGCAUGGCGACCCAUGGCAGACGGGUUCUUUCCUAAGCCCUGGAGCGAGUGACCGGGUGUGAAAUACAGGCCUCCACUCUGUUUGCUGUGA